GAUCAUGACACAUGUAAACGACUCAUCGGGUAUUUAGAACAUUAGGUUAUGACUUCGAUUUGUAUGGAGCUGAAGGGACAAGUAGUGGUUUAUUCUAUCUUGGGAUGUCCCCAUUGCAUGAAGGCUAAAAACACAUUGCAAGAAAAAGGGGUUCCAUACACAGAUAUCAGUUUGGAUCGUUUCCCCCAGUGCAGGGAGGAACUGACCUCCAAAACUGGAAAGAAGACUGUCCCACAGAUUUUCUUUAAUGCUACUCACGUGGGAGGAAAUGAUGAUCUGCAAACCUUGAUUGAAGAUGAGGAGAAAUUUCAGGCACUCCUUGAGGAUGUGAUUAAUAAUGAAGCCCCACCGGAUGCUCCAAAGAUUCCAGAUCCUGACAGUGCAGUUCCAGAUUCAGACGUGGGUGAUUUUUCCUGUGAGCCUGAUGAAUAUGCCAUCUUGGUACAGAAUCUCAGAAAGAGUGGCCUUAUUAAGGACCAUAGAAGACUUCUGUCUGUCCACAAGAACACAUUUGUUGGGAAGGAAUUUGUGGAUUGGAUUGUGGAAACAAAGGGUUUAGACAGAAAUGUAGCUGUGGAAAUGGGACAGAAACUGAUAGAUCAACACUUUGGACAUAACCUGAAGUCAAACCAAACCUUCCAGGACUCAGAUACACUUUAUCGACUGAUGGAUGAUGACGAGUCAACAGCUCUUAAUGCUGGAGAGAUGUCACAAUGUGAACCAAGACCUGCUGGUGACUUGGGGGAAGAUAUAAGAAAACUCAUUUUAAAAAUAUAUGCAGCCUUUUUGUCACCAGAUGGAAAAAAAGUAAAUUAUAAAGGGAUCGCUGGAAGUGAUGAAUUCAAGAAAUAUGUGCGUCUAACUAAAGAGUUACAGAGGGUGAAUAUAGCCGAUGCUAGCAGGGAUGAGAAGGUGGCUUUCUUCAUCAAUAUCUACAAUGCCUUGGUCAUCCAUGCUAAUGUCUCUGUAGGACCACCAGUCAAUCUCUGGCAGAGAUAUAAGUUUUUCAACACUGUUCGAUACAUCAUUGGUGGACAUGCCUAUUCCCUACAAGACAUAGAGAAUGGAGUUCUGAGGGCAAACAGAAAGGGUGUUGGAAUGCUGUUUCGCCCCUUUUCACAGUCAGACCCCCGCUAUAAGAUUGCCCUAGAGGAACCAGAGCCCUACAUUCACUUUGCCCUAGUGUGUGGGGCUAAGAGCUGCCCGCCAAUCAAAACCUACUCUACUGAUGGGUUAGGAGGUCAGCUUAAGCUGGCAGCAGAGGCUUUUUUAGAUAGUGACGAUGGUCUCACUAUUGACAUGAACAAGAAACAAAUCAUGCUGACCAAAAUUCUUAGCUGGUACCAGGAGGACUUUGGUAAAAAUAAAGAAGAGGUUUUGCAGUGGAUUUUGGCAAACCUGCCAGAUGGAGAGAGAAAAAUUCAGCUGAAGGAACUGUUGGAUGGGAAGUCCUAUAAAGUGGGAUACAAACAUUAUGACUGGGGGCUCAAUUCCUAAAUUAUCUCACCAUUCCACAUUAAUGU